AGAGAUUACAUAAAAGUUUAAUGAAUCUCAUCUAAUGACAUGAAUAUGUAGCUAAGGCAACGCAGCAAUAUAAUAUAAUGCGGAGCUGGAGUGGCACUGUUCUCCCAAUCCACCCCUCUGAUGAGGAACUCAUCUCCUUCUAUCUCCAAAGGAAAAUCAAAUCCCUCCCUCUCCCACCAAACCUCAUCACAGAUAUCCACCUCUACACCUACGAUCCCUGGGAUCUGCCUCGUGCCUUCUCAUGUUUCUUUCAAUUACUUACUAACUAGUAGUUAUGGAUGGUUAAGUUUGUUGAUGUGCAGGUAAUAGUAUGUUUGGAGAUGAGGAGGAGCUUUAUUUCUUCAGCCCGCGCGACAGAAAGUAUCCCAAGGGUGGGAGGCCUAAUAGGGCCGCCGCGUCCGGAUACUGGAAGGCCACUGGCACGGAUCAGCCUAUUUGGAGCUCCUUGGGAUCGAGGAAGAUAGGAGUCAAGAAAGGCCUUGUUUUCUACAAGGGAAAGCCUCCUCGUGGCCUCAGGACGGACUGGGUCAUGACCGAGUACAGACUCCCAGACACCUCCCAUCCCUCCAGAUCCACUGCAGGCUCAGGCUCAGGCUCAGGCUCAAUGAGACUGGAUGACUGGGUGCUCUGCCGCAUUCGUCACAAAGGCAACAUGUCAAAGAAAGAGAACUCCAUGAAUCAUGAUUCUGCAGCUCCAGACAUGCUUUCAGAAUAUCUCAACUCAGAUGAAUACAAUCUCAUAGUUUCACUACUAGCAGGCCUUGAUCCUGUCUCCUUAACUACUCCCAACCCAAUCAGCCAUAACGUAGCUGCCACUACACCAACAAUGGAUGCUGAUCAAUCAAACUUGGACCUCAUCACCUUUAGAGGGCCGUUGGUAGCUGCCACUGAUGCAAGAUCAUACGGUCAGAAUGUGUGCAAGUCUGCAUAUUCGUCGAAUCCCAGCAUAAGCAUGCAGGACCAAGAUAUGCUGCACCCAUUACAACAAAACUUUCUACAUUGCCCUUUGACACAACAAUAUAUAUAGCUGGGAUGAUAGUCCCCACGUCUCUCAAUUCAGGAAAGUUUGGAAUUGCUUGAUGGUGAAAUCGAUUAGUUAUGAAGCGUACAAAGCAAAACUCGUCGAGUGAAGACAAUUUUCGGGAUCAAUACUCUAUUGUUAUACAUGGUUAGAAUUGGUUUCUCCACAAUUAUUUAAUAUCAUAAUUUACUCUCCUGUUGAGUUAUGGACUCUUGGAUAAGUAUUUGUAUUGUAGUCCUCAAUCAAUAGCUCAAAUCGAGCCAAUUCCAACA